GGCUAAAAAACGGAAGUCACCGUGAGAAACAGCAGAAAGACAUCAGAGUGAGCUGCGUGUCUGUAACGGAGUGUGUCUGGAGGAAAAGCUGCUGUAAACAUGUCUAAAGUCCAAACGCUGAGAGCUUUUGUCCAGCAGCGACUAAGUGCGGCUGCUGAAGAGAUAUUUGAGCUGUUUGAAAGAACGAUAGCAGAGUACGAGGAGGAACUUUGUGGACAACGCAAACUACUGGACGCUGUUUUCAAGCCUGAAGUCCGGUUACACAGAGCAGACGUCCAGCUGCUGUUGGUGAGUAAAGAAGAGGUUCCCCCUGAGCAGCAGGAGUGGCGCCCCAGUCUGGACCAGGAGGACCCGCCAGAGCCCCCACACAUAAAGGAGGGGUGGAGCCCCAGUCUGGACCAGGAGGACCUGCCAGAGCCCCCACACAUAAAGGAGGGGUGGAGCCCCAGUCUGGACCAGGAGGACCUGCCAGAGCCCCCACACAUAAAGGAGGAGUGGAGCCCAAGUCUGGACCAGGAGGACCCACCAGAGCCCCCACACAUAAAGGAGGAGUGGAGCCCCAGUCUGGACCAGGAGGACCCACCAGAGCCCCCACACAUAAAAGAGGAGUCAAGCCCAAGUCUGGACCAAGAGGACCCACAAUCACCCACACAUAUUAAAGAGGAACAGGAGGAACUCUGUACCCGUCAGGAGGGAGAGCAGCUUCAAGGGCUGGAGGAGGCUGAUAUCAUCAAGUUCACAUUCACUCCUGUUCUUGUGAAGAGUGAAGAAGACGAUGAAGAGAAACCUCAGUCCUCACAGCUUCAUCAAAGACUAACUGAACAGAUGAAGACAAAAGCUGAUGGAGAGGACUGUGGGGAACCAGAACCAGACAGAAAUGUAGAUCCAGAUAGACAUUUACAACCAGCGACUGAUGACAAGACAUCACACUCCUCUGAACCUGAGACUGAUGACAGUUGUGAUUGGAAGGAGAUCAAGGAGCCUCAGUCAGGUUCAAACCCUCUGCAAAAUAACAGUGGAUGUAACACUGGUGAGAAAUCAUUUAGCUGCUCUGAGUGUGGUAAACGAUUCCGCUAUAACUCCAAGCUAAAGAGACACAUGAGAAUUCAUACAGGAGACAAACCCUUUAGUUGCUCAGUUUGCAGUAAAAGAUUUAAUCAGAGGGUAAAUCUGACACACCACAUGGCGCUCCACACCGGGGAGAAACGAUACAUCUGCAGUGUUUGUGGCAGAAGAUUCACUUGGUCUUAUCAGCUCAAAAACCAUCUAUGUGUUGGUCGUCAGUCCUCAGAGCUUUAUCAAAGAUUACCUGAACAGAAGAAAACAGAAGCUGACGGAGGGGACUGUGGAGGACCAGAACCAGCCAGGAACCAGGAUGAUGUGGAAUGCAAUACCAGAAAAACAUCAAGUAGCGCCUCUGAAUAUUCUACAAGCUUUGGCCAUGAGGGACAUCUGCAAAAACACAAUGGAAUCCAAACAGAAGAGCUGUUUAGUUGCUCAGUUUGUGGCAAAGGCUACUACAAGAAGAACUCCCUAAGGAGUCAUAUGAGACUUCAUUCAGAAGAAAAAUGUUUCAGCUGCUCCGUUUGUAAAAAAACAUUUCGAUGGAGAGGAGAUGUUGUAAAGCACAUGAGAACACACACAGGGGAGAAACCCUUCAGUUGUUCUGUUUGUGGUAAAGGAUAUCCCAGGAAGAACUCCUUAUUGACUCACAUGAGACUUCAUUCAGAAGGAAAACGUUUCAGCUGCUCAGUUUGUAAAAAAACUUUUCAAGGUAACGUGGAGGUUAUGAAUCACAUGAGAACACACACAGGGGAGAAACCCUUCAGUUGUUCUGUUUGUGGUAAAAGAUACCCCAGUAAGAACUCCUUAUUGACUCAUAUGAGACUUCAUUCAGAAGGAAAAUGUUUCAGCUGCUCAGUUUGUAAAAAAACUUUUCCAUGGAGAGUAGAGGUUGUAAAACACAUGAGAAUCCACACAGGGGAGAAACCCUUCAGUUGUUCAGUCUGUGAUAAAAGAUUUGGAGAUAAGGGAAAUCUGAGACGACACUUAGCUGUCCACACAGGGGAGAAACGAUUCAGUUGUUCAGUUUGUGGUAAAGGUUUUAUAGAAAGCUCAACUUUGACCUCACAUUUAAGAGUUCAUACAGGAGAAAAACCUUUCACAUGCUCAGUUUGUAAGUCGAGUUUCAGUCAGAAAAGCAAUUUGUCCACCCAUAUGAAAACCCACACAGGGGAGAAACCCUUCAGGUGUUCUGUCUGUGGUAGAGGAUUUGCGCAAAAGUCACGUCUGAGACAACACAUGAGAACCCACACAGGGGAGAAACAGUCCACCAGUUGAUUGGCUGGUACAACAUUGGAAAUGUGAGACUGAUUGGCCCUGGUCUCCAAUUUUGUAUUGGUCAAUUUAGAUGUAUGUUGUGCCACAUAAUGGUUCAUAUCAUGCACACAGCAGCACAGACCGUAACAGACUAGUGUCAGCCACACACAUACUUUACACUUCAGUGCGCGUUAAAUUAUUAAGUUAGUGCUUCAAAAGUUCCAUAAUAACUGUAAAGAGUUCUGUAACGGUUCAAGGACGGAUCACCGUGGGCUGUACGUGACCUGACUUCAAACUUGGAAGCUGUAAGUGUUGCCGUGUUUAUUUUAAAGGUUAGCUAACUUGCCGUUAGCAUAUUGUGCGGCUAACGUGGCUAGCAGGCUCGGCGAUGUUGGAUUAAUGUUGUACAGUCGAGAGAAAGCCUCAUUUAAAGCUCACUAACGAGCUUAGUGUGUCUGAUGCCUGCAACUGUUUUUCAUGUUGCCUUCUGUAGAAAUUUAAUUUUAACGUUACUUCAGCACAGUGGUUAGUGGUGGACAUCCUAUUCUGUUCCGUACCAGUGUGUGUGCACGUUGCUACGGCGUGUAAAUUGACUUGAUAGACAGGCCCUGAAGGUAACGAUUGUUGACUAACACCCAGCAGCUAGCUUGCUCUGACCAUAAAGCUGCUGUUAGCGGCUCGCUGUGCAGCGAGGUGAGACACUCUUAGGCCCCCGUACUGCGAGACCUUUUGCUACGUUUGCACCUCCCGUCCACACUAAAACAGAGAAGUUUGGAAACGCUGCCGACCCACGUUUUGCGUUUCAAAACUCCGGAGGGCGUUUUAGUGAAGACGG